GGCACAGAAAGAGUAGAAACAAACGCGAGGGGAUCAGCAAAAACGACGAAAGCAAAGAAAAACCCCGCAACCGUAAUAGCGCUUUAUUCGCCUGGAAAAGGGGAACCGAUUGUCGAAGAUAAGAGCAAUGAAUCCCCAGCAACACCGUCAGUUGCAAAUGCAACUUUUCUUGUCGGGAGCCCAACUUCAUCGUGCUCUAGCAUUGCCCCGUCAACACCACAAACAUCAGUCCAUCAUAUCGAGUCAUCGCCUUCCACGCCUUCCACGCCAUCCUUUUAUUAUUACAAUCCUCUGCCUCCUUUUGAUGAUCUUGAUCAACAAGUGUCAACGCCAAUUCAAACCAGURCAAAACGGCAACUUAUUGAAGAUAACACAUCGACAGCAAUCAAGACAUUGGAAAACAACAUCAUUACAUACAUCGACAGAAAGUUUGAAGAGCUGUAUCAGUUUCUUCGUUACAAUUCACYUAACACGACUCAGUACAUGCCCACAAAUCACCACCAAACACCACAGACUUCCCUCACACCAAACACAUUAGCGGAAAGACAGCAACAUUUAACGCCGACGACAACAAUUCAACAGACCACCACAGAGGAUCUUGCAGGUUCUCCCGAACACAACAUAAACAGUCCUGACACUAACAGACUAUUGCAAAUCCGUAAUACGGCAAGCUCCAGACMAAAUUUUGCAGUGCGUCUAGUGAGAGAGAUGUUUCAGCCUGCGGAGCUGUUGGGSAGAAAUGUAGAGGGAGUACGCGGGAAGCAAGCCCUUGACCCUGCAAGGAUAGCGAUGAUAAAAGCUUUGGUAAUUAAAUGUUACCCUGUGACUGCAUUGGAGGAGGAAAGUUCGUGGAGAGUCUGUAAAAAGGCCAUCGACUCUUUUUUAAGGAAAAAGAAAGACACUUAAAUUAAUUUUCUGCAUCUUCUUGUUAAAAGUGUUAUACACAGUUACUAAAUAAUAACCCUUGAAUAUUUGAAUAAUAAAUUUGUUUUGAAUGUGAUUGAUCUUUGUCUUGAGCUAAUCUUAAGGAACGCUGAGAAAUGUUUUAAACAUGAACUGCAAUUUAAGAUAGUUCUUCGAACGAGUGGACUUAUAAAUCAACAACAAAUUUUCCUCCGCUCUCAUGACGCGAUAGAGUCCCUCGUGGAGGGGUACUUUGCAUAAAGUCCGCGCGCUUUUCCGUCCGCUCCAUAAAAUUUU